AUGGCGGCCCAGUUCGAGAAUCUUCCAGACGAGCUCAAGCUGGCCACAGCGGCUCACGUGAAGUACAUACAGAGCUUGGAUACUCGCAAAGACGAGUACGACUACUGGCUGACGGAGCACCUGCGCCUUAACGGUCUCUACUGGGGCCUCACUGCGCUGCACCUUCUGGGCCACCCUGACGCGCUUCCCCGCGCCGAAACCAUAGACUUCGUUCUCUCGUGCCAGCACGAGAGCGGAGGCUUCGGGGCCGCGCCGGGCCACGAUGCUCACAUGCUCUAUACAGUUAGUGCUGUACAGAUCCUCGUCAUGAUUGACGCCUUGGAUGAGCUGGAGGUGCGCGGCAAGGGGAAGGCUCAAGUGGGCAAGUUCAUUGCAGAUCUUCAGAACCGUGAAAGCGGAACUUUCGCAGGUGACGAAUGGGGCGAGGAGGACACCCGCUUCCUCUACGGCGCGCUGAAUGCUCUCUCGCUACUCGGUCUGCUUGAUCUGGUGGAAGUCGACAAGGCUGUCAACCACAUCGCCGCGUGUACCAAUUUUGACGGCGGCUAUGGUGUGAGUCCCGGCGCGGAGUCCCACUCGGGUCAGAUCUUCACCUGUCUCGCGGCGCUCUCCAUCGCAGGGCGUCUGGAUCUUGUGGAGAAGGACAAGCUGGGUCGGUGGUUGAGUGAGAGGCAAGUUGCGGCUGGCGGCCUCAAUGGUAGGCCCGAGAAGGAUGAGGACGUGUGCUACAGUUGGUGGGUGCUGAGCAGCUUGAGCAUCAUUGAUCGGACGCACUGGAUCGACCGGCAGAAGCUCAUCACCUUCAUCCUCAGGUGCCAGGAUACGGAGCUCGGCGGCAUCUCAGAUCGGCCAGGGAACAUGGUGGACGUGUGGCAUACCUUGUUCGGCCUUACGGGUCUCAGCUUGCUGGGGUAUCCGGGCAUGGUGGAGGUCGACCCUGUGUAUUGCAUGCCGAGAGCGGUGACCGAGAAGGCAUUGGGAAAGAAGACACAGUGA